AUGCGGUUCAGUCCUAACUGCAGCCUAGAGGUGCUAUCUAACAGUUGUCUCUCUCCCUCCUGUCUCCAUGCCUCUCUCUUUGUCCUCGCAGAACCCUUCGCAGCGUUUUCUCCUGAAAACCCAGUUAGAAGACCCAAUGAAUUUGGAGAUGGACGUCUUUUCAGUGGCAGAGACUCUCUUGGUGGAGUUUUACAUUUCCCGGAGUGGAACACAGCGUCCCCGUCCUCCGACCCUCCGGUGACCCGCGUCUCGGAGAAGGACAACUCGUGGCUGUACACCCUGGACCCCAUCCUGGUCACCAUCAUCGUGAUGAGCUCCCUGGGCGUGGUGCUGGGGGCGGUGUGCGCCGGCCUCCUGCUGUACUGCACCUGCUCCUACAGCGGCCUGUCGUCACGCUCCUCCACAACCCUGGAGAACUACAACUUCGAACUGUACGACGGCCUCAAGCACAAGGUCAAGCUGAACCAACAGCGCUGCUGCACCGAGGCGUGAGGAGGCUUCACGAGAGGGGAGACGGAGCGAGAGAUGCUGCCAUUCUGUGAAAACCUCUCACUUUAUUCUUCAUUUCCUCACCUUUAGUUGAUUUCCUCAGUGAGUGGUGCAGAUCCUCAGACAUAUGGACAACAGAAAGCCACUUUUAUUUAGCUCAAAUGGGAACUUCAAAGAUCUAAAAACGUGGCACGGUCCAGUGUUGGUAGUAUUUUUGUGGUGAAAUAACCAAUGAGAGAAAGACUGGGGUUACCCAGAUGGAUCGUUCCAUUGCGGGGAUGUUACGCCUCAAAAAGUAUCUACACAUAUCAAUUACAGAAUCCUGUUCCACCAAACGUGUAUAAAUGCAUCCUAGAUUUGUACCAGGUGAAGUUUUGAAGCAGGAUACUGUAAGCUACACAGAACACGUUGUGUUGGAAAGGUGGUAGGUUAGGAACGUGCUUAGCAAGCGUCUUUUGAUCACAUGUGAACACAGUGGCCUAGAACUUAGCUCCUUUGUGUGGCCUGUUGGCUUUUUUUGUUCCGUCCGUUGACUCUGCUACCUAUCAGCCUCAGUUAUCCUCUUAGUUCCUGACAGUCUGCGGUAUUUUUAGUCCCAGACGUCCAUCGCUCCGUUCCUCUCUGUUUAAUGUUUUCCUUCUGGCCUACCGCCAGCCUGUGAUGGCAGAUAAGUAGAAAAAAAAAGAGGCGUAUGUGUGUGUAGAGGUGGGGAGUUUGGGCUGGGUGGGAGCUUUUUAACACAUUCUUUUAAUGACAGAGAGAGUUAUUGUUAGAUUUAGUUGUUACUGGUUCCUGUCAAAUAGAAGGUCAUGUUUACAUUGUGGUUAAUGGUAAAAAGGUCAAGGAGCUUUGGUCGGUGCAACCUAUGGAUUGCUGGUGAGGGACUGAGAACCACUGAAGACAAACAGAGAGACAAUGAGACCCCUGCUCUCUCACAGGGGCCAUGGGCUUUCUGCGGGGAAAUAAAACUAACUGCGUGCCCCGGACACACAACACGCCUUAAAAGAAACUGUCCACGGAAAUGAUGAAAAGGAAAGUUGAGGCAACACGAAGACAAGAGAAGAGGUAUCCAUAUCUUUUCUCUUUCCACGUGGACCUCAAAAGCCAUGAUUAAAGGACCUAUCCCCCCUUACUCACACAUACACACAGAGCACACCACCCCCACCUCAAACUACUGGCUAAUUGUGGCCUGUUUUGUUUUUGUUUUUUUUAAAUGUCGGCUCUCGCAAGGCAGGCAUUCUUCGGGACUGUUUUUGAACCAAUCAGAAAGGGUCUUGUAUUGCACGCUCUUGAUGGACUCGUAAGCCAUGAGAAGAAGAGGGUGGGAGAGGAAGUCAACUCCCACGCGCACACACACACACAUUACUUCACUUGUAUAUAAAGAUGUAUACAGAACAUGAACACACUCAUAAACUCUGAGACUCAAAGGGAACAACAGUUGCGGCUGAGAAGCUUACGGUAUAUAUUUUAGACCAUGGAGUACAGAAAUGCCCCAUGGAUUCAAUACACACACAUUUCAUCCCAUCUCGCUGUCACCACAUACACACACACACACACACACACACACACACACACACACUCCUCUGAGGCCCUCUCCUCUGAGGCCCUCUUCUCUGGACCCCACUGACUCUCUUCAAAGUGCCUUGGAGCCUCGGGGGUCCAGCUUGCCUUUGGAGCCGGUAUCA